AUGCUCGAUGAAAAUUUGUCAUGUUUGUUAGACGAGAGCGAUGACGAGUGCGCCAGAAAAAAUGAAGUCAAAAGGAGGAAACAAGAGCUGCGUCAGAAGAGCAGCAGCGUCACCAAUGAGAGUGGUGGGGAGUUUUUCCCCACGUCUAUCCUAAACUUUAACAUUCGCAACAUAGGCAAUUUGAAUAAUUUUUUUAAAAACACGAGUGGCGAGUUCGGCAUUGUUGCACACUAUAAGACCUCGAUCCAAGGCACCGCUUCGCGUACGUCGACUUCGCUACCGCCAAGUGGAGAAGCCAAUCAAAACGGAAACGCGCUCAACAGGAAAAAUGAACAGCUGAGGAAAAAUGAACAGCUGAGGAAAAAUGAACAGCUAAGGAAAAAUUCGAACAAAAUUGAGAAGCAAGAAACUGCGAAAAGGAAAAAUCCGGAGGCUUCUUCCCAGGGCACUACUAACAUUGUACACGCGCACGCGGGGCAAGCGAAACAUGACAUUAAGGGCAGCAAGGGUAGCAAGGGUAGCAAGGGCAGCAAGGGCAGCGAGGGCAGCAAGGUAACCGAGGGGAACCCUGGUGUGAUGGAAAAUGCUAUCGAGAGGAAUGCUACCCAUUUGAGGGAAAACGCAAACGUGCGCAAAGGGGAGGAGGACAAACCGAUCGCUCCCUCGACCAACGUGUGCAGAAAGAAGAGGCCCCCAGAAACCAACCUGUACACAGAAUUGUUCAAAACAGGAGAAGCGCGAAACGGGGAUGCGGUAGAAGAAAAAGUGGCAGUGACCAAUAGAGCUGCAAAGAAAAAUGAAGAAGGAAUACUAAAAAAGCGUAACACAAGGGUAGAAGGAACCAACCUUGCGAGUGCAUCCAUGCAUGGAGAGAAGGAAGUCAAGGGGUCUAAUGGAAGAAACUCCAAUCGUGUGGUGCGGUUUGUCACCAAUGAGGAUGGAAAGGAGUUACCACCUCGGAUGAGCAGUAAGGACACAAUGAAAGGAACCCAAAUUGCGAACAAGGCGAAAUGGUGUAAUAGUAGAAACUCCAGCACCGUACCAGCGAUGGGAACAAAUUCUACCGCAUCGAUUUCUUUGUUAAGUGGUGCUCCUAAGUUGAACUCGAUAAGAUACACCUCGCAGCCAUUGGACAGAAGCAUAGAAGCAGACCCUCUUGCUCAAAAAAACAAAAUCGAAAAAAGGAAAGAGUUAAUUUUUUGCUUCUCAUUUAUAAAAUACAACUCUUGGGUGAAGGCGCUGAAAAUUUUGAACCUUCCGUUGGAUCCCUUCCAUUUGAGUAUAAACGCGCAUAGGUAUGUAACAGACAGGGGGGAGGAGCAGCCGGGCCAGGAUCAGAGCGAGCACCGGGGUAAGAGUCAGGAUCAGACCCAGUAUCAGACCCAAUAUCAGACCCAGUAUCAGACCCAGUAUCAGACCCAAUAUCAGAGCCAGGGCCACAUGGCGUGCGCACCUAACCCAGACUCGCACGAAGCAGGCACAGCGGGAAGCGGUCAAAGUAGCGCCUCACUGAGCAACACACUGCGGAACACGGCAAGCGAAACGGCUAGCCACACAUCCUCCUUCCUGUACACGCACAACAUCCACAACAUUUUGAGAAACAAAAGAUUCGCAAACUACAGAAUCGAAAAAAUGAUGGUGAUAGUUAAGAGCAUCAGAUGCAGGAGUCACGGGUACUUCAUAGUAGCCAUGGAUCCUUCUGGUCAAAUGCCAGCAUCUAUACAUAAGGAGGUCGAGAAGGAAUACAAAAAACACAUAAAUAUUGGUUCCACGUUAAUUCUAAAAGACGUCACUGUGUUCGAAACGAUUGAUAAUUUCCCCUACCUGAUAAUAACGCUACGAAGCCUCGUGCGGGUCAUCCGGGCGGAGGAAACGAGUUACGCUGCGAAGGAGGACAUCCUCAAGAGCAUUCACGGGGGAACGCGCCGCAAGGCGUGA